UGAGCGAGCGAGAGGCGCCUUCGGGGGGUGUCCGAGACCCGAACGUGGCCCGGCGCCGGCGAGGCAGCUUCAGCCGAACCUAACGCACUCCGAGACCCCCCCCCUCGGGUGAGCUCCGAAACCCCGAGCUGUGCAGUCGGAUGGACGCGGCGCUGAAGCGGAGCCGAGCGGAGGAGCCGGCCGAGCUCCUGCCGCCUGCCCGGGACGUGGAGGAGGAAGAGGAGGGGGGGGAAGAAGAAGGGAUGGAGCAGGGACUGGAGGAGGAGGAAGAGGUGGACCCCCGGAUCCAGGGAGAAUUGGAGAAACUAAAUCAAUCCACGGAUGACAUCAACCGACGGGAGACGGAACUUGAGGAUGCACGGCAGAAGUUCCGCUCUGUUCUGGUCGAGGCCACGGUAAAGCUGGACGAACUGGUAAAGAAAAUUGGCAAAGCCGUGGAGGACUCGAAGCCCUACUGGGAGGCUCGCAGGGUGGCCAGGCAGGCUCAGCUGGAAGCUCAGAAGGCCACGCAGGACUUCCAGAGGGCCACCGAGGUACUCCGUGCCGCCAAAGAAACCAUCUCCCUGGCUGAGCAGCGGCUGCUGGAGGAUGACAAGCGGCAGUUCGACUCUGCCUGGCAGGAGAUGCUGAAUCAUGCCACUCAGAGGGUCAUGGAGGCCGAGCAGACAAAGACAAGGAGCGAGCUGGUGCAUAAGGAGACCGCAGCCAGGUACAAUGCUGCCAUGGGCCGCAUGCGGCAACUGGAGAAAAAACUCAAACGAGCCAUCAACAAGUCCAAGCCUUAUUUUGAACUCAAGGCAAAGUACUACAUCCAGCUUGAGCAACUGAAGAAGACGGUUGAUGACCUGCAGGCCAAGCUGGCCCUGGCCAAAGGCGAGUAUAAGGCAGCCCUGAAGAGCUUGGAGAGGAUCUCAGAUGAGAUCCAUGAGCGGCGGCGUUCCAGUGCCAUGGGCCCUCGAGGCUGUGGCGUGGGGGCCGAGGGCAGUGGUGUGUCUGUGGAGGACCUGCCAGGAGUCAAACCUGAACCUGACACUGUAUCUGUGGCCUCCGAGGCCUUUGAAGAUGACACCUGCAGCAACUUUGUGUCUGAAGAUGAUUCAGAAACCCAGUCUGUGUCCAGCUUUAGUUCAGGACCAAUGAGUCCAUCGGAGAUGCCUGACCAGUUCCCUGCAGUGGCAAGGCCUGGAAGCCUGGAUCUACCCAGCCCCGUGUCCCUGUCGGAGUUUGGCAUGAUGUUCCCAGUGCUGGGCCCGCGGAGUGAGUGCAGCGGUGCUUCCUCCCCUGAAUGUGAAAUCGAGCGAGGAGACAGGGCAGAGGGAGCGGAGAACAAAGCCAACAACAGCCGCAGUCGCAGCGGUGGCAGCGGUAAGAGCCAGAGCAGCACGUCCCCUGAGGGCCAGGCCUUGCAGACCCGCAUGAAGCAGCUCUCCCUGCAGUGCCCCAAGGGAAGAGAUGGGAUUAUUGCUGACAUAAAAAUGGUGAAGACUGGCUGAUCUACCCAGGGCCCAUGUGCAAGUGAAUAUUUAUACAUGAAACUCAACAUUGUGCCAAUCAUCAUUAACAUGCCAAAUCUUAAGCAUUUACUCUAAACUGCACUAACCAAGUUUCAGUGACCUUGAGGGUGAAGACUUUCCCUCUGGUAAGAGUUCUCGGGCUGGUGUUUCUCAGAGCAGAACUACUGCAGGUAGGCAGCCUUGUGGGGCAUUUCCUGUAGUGGAGGCUGGAAGCGGUAACUAGGUCCUGUGAAAGGACCCAAGCCAGGAGGAGGGCUGCACGCUUAGCCAAACAGGCCACAGCCUACAUCUCGGUCCCUUGUCUCUGCUCAGUCUGGGGAAACGGAGAUGUUCUUUCUGUCCCCUGAAUCCCAGGGCAUCUGUUUUAGUGACAGCUCAAAUGCAAGAACAUUCAUGUCCAUCACCAGGUGUGCAGAGGGCACUUUUGUAAAAGUAUGUGUGCUGGAACACCCAUUUCCUAGGGAAACUACCAUAAGCUGCACUUUUGGGGGUGGGGAUAGCAGGGACGUAGCAUAGGGGGAUUCAUGGCUGUGGGAGGUUUUCUAUAGCAUAACCUUACCCUGCCAGCCAAAGGGGAUUGACUGUAAGCCAUGCAUGCAAAAAAAAAAAAAAAAAAAAAAAAAAAAGAGGCUGCCAUUGUUCUAGCUAGCCUGACAAGGGUUAGUGUCAGAGGGAGUAGGCAUAUGUUGGCAAUGGAGUGUUAUGCUAUGUAAUAGACUGCUUUUCCUUAGCAUUUUUAUGGUCAUGCAUACUUAGAGCGUUGCAUUUUACUUGUCCUAGUUUGUUAAUUUAGCAUUUCUAAAAGAAAAGCAGACUUAUUUUCAAGUUGUCAAAUUCUGUCACAGCUUGUACAUUUGAGCCAUUUGUACAUCUCUUCAUACUGUAGUUUCUCCUUUUUUAAGAACUGGUAUAGGUCCCUAAUUAAAACUUAUUUUGUACUUGUCUAAUAUCUUGAGUGCAAUAAAAACUGCUUAAGAAA